UUUGCAACAGUGUAGGUAGGGUCGUGUUUCGGCGGCGUCGGCGUCGCAGCGCUGCUAGCUCAGAGCGAGCUGAGGGCUGAAGGCGUCAUUUCGUCGCUGUAUUGACUGGGCUUGCCUACAGCGUGGGCUUUGUGUUAGGUUUUAGAGUGACGACUGUUGAAGGUGGAGGCAUUUGAGACUUUUGAGACUUGUUAAAGUCUCUCUUUUAUCCAGGGACUUGGCUUCACAAUGAAAGGGAUACUAAAACACGCAGUUUGCGUCCUUUGCGUCCAGCCAUUCAGUGUUCGAGAUUUAAAAAGUGGCCAUCAUGGGCAAAGAAUUCCUCAUAUACUCAACUGCGGGCAUGCUGCUUGCAAGCCAUGCCUUCAAAAAGUAAUGACCGACAAGAAGAGCAAGAGUAUUAUAUGUGAAGUUUGUUCUACUCCUUCACCCCUCUAUGAAGCAGGAGAUGCAUUAGAUUUGUCUUCAAUUUUUCCUCUUCAUCUGUACCUUGUUGGUCAAUUUCUAACAAGGAAUGCAGAGAAAAGGGAAGAUGAACCUAGUUUCUCCCUUCCUACAAGAAAAAAAGCUUCAUCUUCUAAAAACAACAGGGUUAUUUGCAAUGAGUGUGAUGUUACAACUGCAAAUUGCUUCUGCCGUGAGUGCACCAUUCCAUUUUGUGAAAGUUGUUUUACAAAGAUUCAUCAAGGUAAGACAUUGAAAAAACACGUGAAAGAAGAUUUAAGGCUUGUUCACGUGAAGACCAUCAUGUGCCCUAAACACCCGAGGAAUGACUUGGAUAUGCUCUGUGAAACCUGCAAUACACCUGUUUGCAUGAAGUGCUCAAUUCUUUCUCACAAAGAUCAUUCAGUUGUAUCAACCUGUGAGAAGAAUGAAGAGAAGUUGCCAGAAGUGAAGGCUGAUUUGGAACGUGCCAAUCUGCAGAGGGCAAGAAUGAAGGAGACUCUAAGGGAGCUCGGCGCUGGCCAGGGAAGCACCAAAGCGGCGGAUGUGCUGCAGGAGACGGAGCGAGCUCUCGCUCUGCACAUGGUCCACGUCCAUGGCCGCCUGCAGCUCCGGGAGAGGGAGCUGCUGGCGCAGCUGGAGAAGAAGCGAUUCGAAAACGCGUCCCUGUUCCGGACCAUGGAAUCGCAGCUGUCCUCGUCCCUAUCCGACCUGGAGGACGCCAUGCGCAUGGCCCACGCUGCGUGUCUGCCGGACAACCUGGCCACAUCCAACCUCACGGAGGUGCACAGUCGCUUGUGUCAGGCCAUGACUGUGCCGGUUCACCUCCUUAAAGGCAAAAUAGGCGUUGAGUUAAUAUUGAAUCAGGAACUGUUUGAUGAAAUUGAUCUCAUCAAAUUAAAAUUGAAUGAUGAUGUGGGGUACAUGCUUGUGAAAGAGGAUGAUUUACCCCCUGAAUAUGUACUUCCAGAUAUGUCUGGUAAAAGCUUAAGUGAUUUUGAUCCAUGGGAGCAAGAUUCUACCUCAGAUAUUGGGAAUAUUAGUUCUGUGUCUACUGAAAGUUGCCAAACAUCAGCAUCUCUUUCACAAAUUUCAAAUAGUUCGUCAUCUUCUACAAUAUCAACUGUAUCAUCGUGUCCUAUUCUCAUCCCAGCUGGGGCUAGCAUCUCCCGAAAACAGAAAUUUGUCAUAACCGACCCCAGAGAUGAAAUAGGUUUUGGUGAAACAAUUCAGGUAAAAAUAUCUCACAUAAAAAAUCCUUUGGACUUUUAUGUAACAUGUAAGAGACAUGAAGAGAAAUAUAAUACACUCUUUGAGGAAAUCCGAAAUGAAGCUGACUUGUACAUGGUAGCCAAUAACAUAACAAUAAAUGAGAUAUAUCUAGUUGAUGGCAAUGAUGAUAAAACCUGGGGCCGUGCUCUAGUUACUCAAAGAAAAUCUUCUGUGCUGGUUGAAGUCUGUUUCAUUGAUUUUGGAAGUUUAGCAACAGUACAAACUUUCAGGCUCAAAGUUUUACCUUCCAAGUUUGCCACUAUUCCUCCCCAGGCUUUGAGAUGUGGGUUAAGUGAUCUGUACCCUAGUGAUGAAACAAGCAAGUUAAAUUUGAAACGAUCAUUUUUUGAGAUGCUUGCUAGUUUUGACGGGAAAUUUAUUGAAAUGCAUGUUUUGGGUAUUGAAGAAAAUAAGUUUAAAGUUGACCUCUCCACCAAUGAUCCAAUGUGUCCCAUCUCCUCAGUAAGAGAUGCAUUGCUCUACCUUGGUGAGGGUUCCUUUCAGAGAAACGAAUUCCCAUCAUGUACCAACAAAAAGGGUCCCUUCAGAGGUUACCAGCCCAGCCACAAUCUGUCACUACAUGCAAAUGUCAAAGUUUUAAUUUCAAAUGUGGACCUUCCUACAAGUUUCAACAUCAUCCUACUUGAUGACAUGAAACAUCUUGAUGCUCUAAGCCAAAAGAUAAAUCAUCACUGCAAUAAAAGCAAGUCAAAGACUAAUUUUGACAAAUUCUGUGUUGGUAUGCCUUGCUUGGCAAAAUUUGAGGGAACAUGGUAUAGAGGAGUCAUUGAAGAGAUCCAAAGAUCUAAAUCUCUCUUGAUACGCUAUGUUGAUUUUGGAAACAAAAGCGUCCUGACACGGAAUGAUGUGAGAAGCAUUCCAGAUGAUCUACUGAAACUUCCGGAAUUGUCCGUGCAUUGUUCAUUAACUGAUAUCGCUCCACCCAAAGGGAAGAAUUGGAGUGAAGAAGCAAGAAUUUUUCUGAAUCAGUAUGCAGAGAGCUCUUCAAUUGUAGUUACUGGUGUAAAAGGGUCUAGUUCAAGAGGGUCUUUGCAUGAAGUAGUUCUAUUUGCAAUUUUCACCCAAGUAUCUAUCAAUGUAAAUGCCUUGUUGGUAGAGCAAGGUUUGGCAAGAAGUACUGGAACAAGGUCUUCUGUUUCAAUGGAUGACACAAAUAUGAAGAAAGCCGAGCUAAUUUUAGGGAUAAAGGAAAAUGAAGACUUAAGUCAGUGUAUAAAUUUAAAAGACACAGCCCAAGAAAAUUGUAACUUGGAUAAGCAGAGCAACCCUCUUGUCAUUGUUGAUAUUAAUAGUCUUGUGGGUAUCUGCCAAAAUGGGAAAACACCCAUGAGUUCUAAUCAAAAGACAUCAGAAGCUGGUGUUACGACCUCUAUAAGAGAGAGCUCAGAUUCUGAUGAGAGUCAAUUUGUUCCUAUUGAGAGAUCUUCCACUUUGGUUAAUGUUGACCAUAAUUCUGAGAGAAACUCAGAUAUUCAGGAAAUAACUCCUGAGGUUGGAAUAAAUUCAGGAUGUCAUAAUAAGGAAGAUGAAAAGCCUGGAAAAUCUGUUCAGACACGUCUGAAAGUUUCUAAUAACUCAGAUGGUUCCUAUCGUAUACCUGUUGACCUCUUGUCAGCUGAAUCACCUGGGUGUGUUUUUGUCAGACUCAAAAGUAUUGCUGAAAAAAUUGAAAGGAUGUCUGCUGAAAUGCAGUUGUAUUAUGAUUGUGAGCCUCUUCCUGAAGGUGACUGUUGGAUACCAAAAGAAAGAGAUAGGUGUGCUGUAAAGAGCCCGCAUGAUCUUCAAUGGCACAGAGGAUUAAUCUUAGAGGUUCUUUCUGGUUCACAAUUCAAGGUGAUGCUGAAGGACACUGGUAGAACGGAGGUGGCUAAUAUAAAAUCUAUGAGAAAGUUGUAUCCAAAAUUUGCUACAGUACCGGAUGGCUCUAUUAAAUGUCACUUGGCUAAUUUGAGAGCAGCUGGAUCUCACCCAACUGACGGCGAAUCAGAACCGAAUUGGACUGCUUUUGCCUGUACGACAUUGGUUGACUUAUUGAAUGAGCACAAGAGGAACCUUUAUAUUUCUAAACAGGGUCAAAUUAACAAAGAAGAAAGGUCUUUGCCCAUAGAAGUGUGGGUUCGUGAAUUAGUUGGGACUGCCUUACAGGCAAGCAAGAUCACCUGGUUUACCAUCAACAAGAAAUUGAUAGAGAAGGGAUGUGCCCUUCCUAUAGACUGGAAAUUGUUGAGUGAAGAGGAUACCCAGCUAACUAGUAGUGACUUGGAAAUCCUUAAUCCUCCAGAUGAUCCCGAUCUGACAAUGAUGGAAUGGCUUGAAAAAACAUCUCAGGACUCCUCUGGUAGUAGUGCAGAGGACUGGGAUGAGGUAGAUGAAACGCUGACUCUAUUGGGAAAUUGGCUACCUCCCUUACCACUUCCGGAGAAUUCUUUUCUAGCACUUCCGACUUAUGUUGAUUUUGACUGUAAUGUUUACCUACAUGAAGUGUCAGACUCUUCAAAUGGAAGUGUGCGUAAUCUGCGCAAAAUAACUAGGCGCCUUCACAAAAAAUACAGAGGUUCCAAGCCUGGCCCUGAGGACAGCUUUUGGUUGCCAAACAAUCUUUGUGUUGUGCAGUACCAUCUAGACAAAAAGUGGUACAGAGGAAAAGUAAUGAAGGUUAAUCCUGACAACCGCAUUGAGGUCCAAUUUGCUGAUUAUGGUAAUGUUGAAGUAUGCCGUUCAUUGGAACUUCGAAAGAACAUCAUCUGCAAAGCAUUGCCUUCUAUUGCUCGAAAAUGCCGAAUAUCUGGUGUUACACCGACUUCCGAAGACGGGAAAUGGCCUAUAUCUACUCUUGAUUUUAUUCAUGGGACUCUUGUUGAUAAUGAAUGCACAGUCAAGGUGCUCAGGAAACCCACCUCCGAUGAUAAUGUCUAUGAGGUGGAUAUUUUUGUUCAUGAGCAAAGUAUAACAGAAAUAUUAUCAGAGAAGAAAUUUGCAACAUUCACGCCAGUUAACUACAUUAUUGCUCCAGAAGCACUUUCUGAGGAGGAUGAUGACCCAGAUGUCCUGGUGCUGGAGGAACCCGCUGUUAUUGAGGAUGACAGGUGCUGCGUCAGUAAGGCCCCUUCAAUUGGUAGAGGGGGGAAAUUGUCAAGAAGUGAUUGCCAAAGUGAUGCAGAACCAAGUUUAUCGCUACAAUACUCUCCUUACACCCCAUCUUCUGAUGGUUCAAUUCCAUUGAGUGAAGUUCAAAAUGGAAACCUGAUUAAGACUACUAUUGGGAGAGGAAAAAAGUUGUCAAACAGUGGGGGGCAAACUCAAGCAGAUUUAAGUUCUUCUCUACAAUUUCCUCCAUUUACACCAUCUUCUGAUGGUGAAGUUCAAAUUGAAACUCUGAACAAAACUUCAAUUGGUAGAAGGAAGAAUUUGUUAGACAGUGUGUUGUAUCAAACUCAAUCAGAUCCAGGUUCAAUUCUACAAUUUUCUCCAUAUACACCAUCUUCUGAUAGCUUAGCUCCACUCAAAGAAAUUCAAAGUGAAAAUAUGAUACAUAAGACUUCAAUUGGAAGAGGAAAGAAGUUGUUGAUCAGUGAAAAUGUGUCUGUAGCAGAACCUAGUGCAACACCACAAUUCUUAACAGACACUCCAUCUUGUUAUGGUUUCAAUCCUCUUAGUGAAUUUAAAAGAGAGAAUCUGGUGAAGACUUCAACUGCACAUUCUCAAUCAAUUAAACCUGCUUCCGAGGCUAGUGCAGUUUCUCAUGUUUCAAAUGGUUGUGUUAACUCAAACGUUAACUUCUUACUCCAGCCAAAUGAGAAUGAAGUAAUUGUAAAUUCUUACACAUCAUCAGUGCUGCCAAAAAGUAAUAGAUGGGAUGUCACUGUACUCUCUGUACUUGGUCCAACAGAAAUAGUUGUUCUUAUUAAAAAUGUUCCAGAAGAAUCAGAGCAGUGGAAUUUUGUAAAGGACUAUGAACGCAUGUUUAUAGAAAUGCAGGCAAAGGCUGCUUUGCAACCACAUAUGCCAAAAAUUACACCGGGUUUUCCUUGCUGUGUGUUGUCAUGUGAUGGAUUGUGGUACCGCGGUAGAGUCAAGGAGAUCAAUAAAACAACCAUCACAAUUGAGAAGGUUGAUUCUGGUGAAGAAGAGUGUGUGCCAGCUUUUCAUGUUAGAGCCAUCCCUAACAAGUGGCUUCAGCCACCAAUUUUAGGAGUCGAGUGUAAAUUAAAUUGUGAUUUGGUACCUGAUAAGGAUGUACAAAUGAUUGCUCAGAAAAUGCUGGCAUUAUUGAUUAACAAGAAUGUAAAAGCUGCUGUUGUGAAGAAAACUCCACUUACUAUUGACCUGUUCUGUAAUGAAGACAAAGGUCAAUUGAUUUAUCAGGAACUAAUAGAUGAAGGUUUAAUUGCGAAAAGUUGAAAGUUGCAAUGUAAUUAUUUUUUGUAGCUUGUGCUUUAUAUUUUAUUUUAUAAAUUAGAUUGCCGUACUGGCAAGGAAUAUUAAUAUCUACAAACAUUACAUAAUAAAUCUUAAUUUUGUACUGUAAAAUAUGUAAUCAAUAUUAAUAUUAUCAACAGAAAUAAAAAUAUGUUAAAAGA